CCAUACACUAUUUCUAUGCCCGAACGGGCAUUAUAUUCACUAUCCAGCACGCUUACAGGGCCCAUGGUUAUAUACUGUGCAUUAUUUAUAUAAGCCUGUAAUCAUAAUAGUCAUCUUACCGUCCAGGUCAACAGUCAGGGUUAUGAUCGCUCAUAUGGAGCUAGAACACUUGACCAUGUCCAUGCAGUAUGAUAUAAGGUCGUGAUGCUGAUAUCACGUACAUUCAACACGGUUUUAUUUCAGAAGAACUUGUGAUUGAAUAUAGCCAUGGCUUAUCGUGUUGCAGUGAUCGGGGCAGGGGCUUCCGGACUUGCGUCCAUCAAAACAUGCCUUGAUGAAAACUUGGAACCUGUUUGCUACGAACGGUCAUCACAUUUGGGUGGUUUGUGGUAUUAUUCUGAUGAUGAACCUCGCUCCGAUCCUCAUGGAGCUAGCGCUAUCUACCAUGGCCUCCAUACCAAUGUUAGCAAGGAAAUGAUGGCCUUCUCGGAUUUCCCGUUGGCAAAGUCUUUGCCACCGUUUCCAAAGGGAAGUGACAUACAAGAAUAUUAUGAGCGGUAUGCCGAACACUUCGGACUUCUCAAGCACAUCAAUUUCAAUGUGGAAGUGGUGUCCAUCGACCAGGACGCCGAUUACGAAGGCACCGGGCGAUGGAAGGUGACAGUCCGCCCAAUGUCGGGUGAGAUUAGAAGUGAGGUCUUCGAUGCUGUGAUGGUGUGUACUGGUCUUUAUCCCAGUGGGCACCUGCCGGACUAUCCUGGGUUAGAUUCUUUCAAAGGACAGAUCAUGCACAGCUGCCAGUUCAAAAGAGGGGCUUACUUCACGGACAAGAGGGUUCUGGUCGUAGGCUCGGGUACUUCGGGAGGAGACAUUUCCAACAUUAUCAGUCAUCACGCAAGUCAGGUAUACCUCAGCUUGCGGCACGGAGCUUGGUGUGUCCCUCGAUUCUUUUACAACAAGCAGACCUUGCAAGAUUUUUUCAACCAGAGGUGGAAGACAUGGAUUCCCUCGAGACUCCUCAACAAAUGGCUGAUCAACAAGAUGAACUACCAUAUGGAUGGGAAGAUUCUUGGUUUACAGCACUCAAAGCUUCCGUUCAACGUCCAUUGCAUGGUUGACGAGGAUCUCCCCGCCAGCAUCAUGGAGGGGAGAGUGAGAAUCAGGAGUGGAAUUGACAGAUUUGAAGGCUCCAAUGUCCAUUUUGUAGACGGUUCCGUGAUAGAAGACAUUGAUAAUGUAAUAUUUGCCACCGGCUACGACCUCAAGCUUCCCUUUUUAAAGAAUGAAAUCGUACCAGACGGUUACGAUAAGAUUGAGCUGUACCAAUAUAUGAUUCCGAUUCGGCUUCGGCAUCCAACCCUGUCUUUCGUGGGGCUGUGUCUUCCUUACACAAUGGGUCAUAACGCGCUCUGUGAGAUGCAGACAAGGUACAUCACCAAGGUCUUGAAAGGAGAGGUCAAGCUACCCAGCUUUGAAGAAAUGCAACAAGAGGUCAUCUCUAGAAAGGAUCUCAACUACAAAUUAUUUGAAAACCACCAGCCCUUCAUUACGGACCCAACUGCCUACCGCGAUCAGCUGGCCAAAGCAAUCGGUGCGCUACCAAAUUUGACGAAGCUAAUCUUCACCGAUCCUGUGCUCGCUUAUCACUUCUACUUCGGAGUGGCAUAUCCGCCUUGCCAUAGGUUGGUUGGCCCUGGCGCCACUCCUGGGGCGAGACAGGCUCUUAUCGACUGCAAGGAGAACCAGGUACAUGGUAUUACACUGACAACAGUGCGUAGGGAUGCGAAAGAUUGUCUGCAAGCCUAUGAAGACGGCCAGAAAUCCUCCUUAACUGUGUAUAUCAUGAUCGUCGGUGCCAUUUUGUCUGUACUUGUCCUCAUGGCUAUAUUUUAAUGUGUUAUCUGGUGAAAAGAGAAACUUAAUUUAAAGAAAUUGCCAAACGUUAUGAAGGGACGUAUAAUGUUUCGGGUUUUAUAUUGCUUUUAUGACGGCUCCCAGCCUCCCAUCAAGUUCAUAAAUUCACUUGUUGAUUGAUUCUGAAUUAACUGGUUCAUCCCAUUGCAUUAGCAAGAUGAAAGUCGUGGGAAGAUAAAGUGUAAAGCGGCAGUCUAUGCAAAGUGACUUCUGUCGUUGGACAACUUUCCUUGAUUUCGAUUGGCUGAGGACAGGGAGUAUUUCAUCAACAUUUUUGUCCGACAGGUCGUCAGAU